AUGGUCCUCCCAUACUACCUCGUCGCAUCCAUCGAGAACAUCAAAGACCUUCAGCCUGACAACUUCGCCACCCACGCCACCAUUUUCGAGGAGUUCACGCGUGCUGCGGGAGCCACCUGGGUUACAGACGAAGCUGGGACCCAAGGUGCCCUAGGCGCCGCUGACCAGCGUCUUGACCAUGAAAUCAGCUUCUUGCUGCUGACGAAGACCCACCCCGACUACCGCCACCACAUCUCGGAGCUGAGCGGCACUCGCGAACGUUGGCAUGCCCUUCGACAAGCAUUCAUCUCCCUCACCUUCUCCGACCGCCUUGUCGCCUUCGACCAGCUCAUCAACAUUGUGCAUGACACCAGUCAGCCCGUCAGCCAAUACUCGGCAGCCAUCGAUAAACUGUGCAAACGCUUGGAGGGCAUGGGCAUGGUCAUCUCCGACGAUGUCAAAACUGCCAUUCUUCUCGUACGCCUCGACGCAUUGAUGCUCCCAACAAAGAAGGAGCUUGCGAAGCUUGCCACCCCCCCCACCUUUGCCAGCGCUGCCGCUCGACUCAGAUCCGAUGCUCACGAUGCCAUAAAGCUCGAGGAGCCCGACUUCAUGGCUGCCAUCAAGAGCGAGAGAAGCGAGCCUGUCAUUCCCGGGGCCUUUGCGGUCCAAGUCCCCUCCCCGCCUUCUGCCCAAGCUCCAGUUGAGGCACAUGCCAACGGCUACAACUGGUGCUCGCCACGUUCUGACAAGGACUGCUUCCGCUGCGGUCGUGAAGGCCAUCGAGCACAGUUCUGUCUCUCUGACAUGCCGCAAGCUGUCCGUGACUGGGUUCUACGAUCCAUUGCGCAGUACCGCCCCAAACUCUACGGGCCGAGAUCUGAACGAGCUGCCGCUGCCACUGGCGUCAACGUUGAUACCGAUGAGGACGAGGAUGAGAUCCUCAGAGACGUCCUGGAGAAUGCGAUGCAAGAGUACUACCGCCGCAUGGACAGUACCCAGGCCGUGGUUCGGUCUUCAGCUGCACGUGUUGUUAUUUGA